AUGCCUAACCAACCACAACCUCGUAAACCGACAAGAGGCCGCACGGCUCCCAGAUUCAUGGAGUGUAAGUAAAGUUUUCCAUAUUUUUCUCGGAAACAAAACCUUCUUGUUGCAGUGUCUGAAAAAGUGGACUUCACGGUGUGCGGUUGGAUACUCACUAUCUUCUCGUAUGUCCUCGCAGUUCUCACACUGCCAGUAUCGAUAUUUCUAUGUGUAAAGGUUUCCCAUGUCAUGAAUUUCGCAUUCGUUUCGACGAGAUUACUUGCAGGUUGCACAAGAAUAUGAGCGAGCUGUGAUAUUCCGGCUAGGACGGGUGAAGCCGGGAGGGGCCCGUGGUCCCGGUUUGUUCUUUGUAGUUCCCUGCAUAGAUUCGUACAAGAAAAUUGACCUCCGUACACUUUCAUUUGAAGUUCCCCCACAAGAAUUACUAUCGAAGGAUGCAGUGACGGUCGCUGUCGAUGCUGUCGUAUUUUUUCGAAUUUCAAACGCAACUAUCUCGGUGAGUGCAAAUCUCGAGAUUCAAAUAUUUCUCAUGGCUCCUUUUUGACAAAUGCCGUUUUUUUUUCUGACAGUUUUUCCCUGGAGUAUCGAAAAUUUCUCAUUUUUGGACCUCUACAUUGUUCAGGUCAUCAACAUUGAAGACGCCGCCAGAUCCACAAAACUGCUCGCUCAAACCACUCUCAGAAACAUCCUCGGUACAAAAACGCUGACAGAAAUGCUCUCCGACAGAGAUGUGAUAUCUCUCCAAAUGCAGGUCCGUCUCUAACACCGACACUAACGUCUCCCCAAGCCCCUACAAGAAAAAAACAUCAAUCUUAUAGGCCACGCUCGACGAAACCACAAUCCCUUGGGGUGUGAAAGUGGAACGCGUUGAAAUGAAGGAUGUUCGACUGCCGUACCAAUUGCAACGAGUAAUGGCCGCUGAAGCAGAAGCGACCAGGGAUGCAAUGGCUAAAGUUGGCAUGAUCGUAUAGUUUUCACACAAAAUGCCGGAACACGUCUUCCAGAUAAUUGCUGCUGAAGGAGAGCAAAACGCGUCAAGAGCACUGGCUGAGGCGGCUGAUGUGGUAUGAAAAGGACAAAAUCACAGAAUCGAAUCAUGGUUAUCCCUUUCAGAUCUCGACUUCACCCUGUGCGAUUCAAUUGCGGUAUUUACAAACUCUAAAUAGCAUUAGGUAACUAAUUCAGCAUAGCUCGUGACAGAAAACACACAUUUCUUUCAGUUCCGAGAAAAACAACACAAUCGUGUUCCCAUUCCCGAUGGAAAUGAUGUCGAGAUUCAUAAAAGGCAAGAAGAAGAACGUGAUGAAUAGGUGAAAAGCUCCGGCAUUGUCGUGUUAACCUUCCCAAUAUUCUUUUCAGAAUAAGUGCUCUGAAGUACAGCUAA